AUGGGUGCAUCUAACGCCAUGUUUGGAGCCAGGCAGCUCGCAAAGCAUUCGGAAAUCGUUCAAUGCAUGUUGACAGACCUUCCCAUGACUCCUCCUGAAACUCCCACGAGCUUGAAAGAGUGCACUCUACCAAUUUUCUCAGUCACACCACCAAGUGAGGCCGAUUUACUCUUUGAGAACCUCGCUAUCUCGAACCUGCCUGAAGACAUCACUCCAGCUGAGCCGCGCCCGAUCGUGGCAGUCGUCGGAGUUGGCUACGUCGGCAAGCACCUCGUGGAAGAAUUCGCGAAGCACUACGAAGUCAUCGCCUAUGACGUGUCGGACAACAGACUCAAGACCCUCUCUGGCGAGCUCAAGAACGCGAGCAUUCGUUUCACUUCCAGACCCACUGAGCUUGCCAAAGCAAGCCAUAUUCUCAUUUCUGUCCCCACCGUCUUGAAUAGCGACAAGACCAUCGACACCACAUACCUCCGUAGUGCGAUAGCUGCAGUGGAGAAGCACGUUAGACCCGGCUCCACGGUAGUCAUCGAGAGCUCUGUUGCAGUUGGCAUGACGCGCUCGCUUGUUGGCCCACUCAUGGCUUCGAAAGGGCUCAAAGUGGGUAUGUCGCCUGAGCGCGUCGAUCCUGGACGUGUGUCUCCUGCCUUCGAAGACAUUCCCAAGAUCGUGUCCGGUCUUGAUGCCGCAUCGCUCGACUCCAUCUCGCUGCUCUACGGCGAGGUGUUCAAGAACAUGUUGACGGUUUCAUCCGUUGAGGUCGCUGAGAUGACCAAACUGUACGAGAACUGCCAGCGCAUGGUGUGUGCUGCAUAUGCAAACGAAAUGGCAGAUGCAUGCGCUGCCAUCGGCAUUGAUGCGUUUGAAGUCAGCUCUGCUGCCGCCUCCAAGCCUUUUGGCUACUUGCCCUUUCAGCCCGGUCCAGGUGUAGGCGGGCACUGCAUCCCAGUGAAUCCUUACUAUCUUCUUUCCACUUGCUCCAUGCCUCUUCUAGAGCACGCCACGACUAUGUCUUGGCAGCGACCCGCUAGCAUCGCCAAGCGGUUCAUGGCGUCGCUUGACGAUGAGAUGGACUUCAAGUGCUUUGGCACUGGUGUCCAAGGCGCCCCCACGCGCAUUCUGGUAGUCGGCGUGGGUUUCAAGCGCGGACAAAGUGUCUUGAGCAACUCGCCUGGUGCCGCCAUCAUCUGCAGCUUGCUGAGCGAUCACGACACAUACGUCGAGUUUGCCGACCCGCUUGUAGCUGCUGAGCAGCUGUCUUAUGUGCCGAAGAUGGACACGGACGCAGACUGGAAUCUCAUGUACCUGAGUUCGUUCGCGGGCAUCAUUGUUGCUGUCGAUCAGGUGGGUCUUGAUCUUGAUCUCCUCGAUCAAUUGCAGGGCGUCCAUGUCCAGGACUUUUCUGGCCGCGGUAAAUCGUCUGCCGCGCUAUGCGGACCAUCGACAACGUCGAAAGACUUCGCCCUCAAGUGUUAA